GUGAACAAGAGCUGUUUAACCUCUUCGAUCUGAUACGAGUGAUUGAUUCCGAAGAGCCACAUCGGGGAUGAAAUGAAUGCUGGGAAGAAAUGAACGCUGGGCUAAAAACGUAUCUUCAAUUACAUCAAUCGCUCAUAGCGCCCCUGAAAUCAUUGUGAGCAGAGACACGCCCACUUCCUCGCACACCAGGUCCCGUCACCCAACAGAGCGACAACUCGAGACAGAAACAGACGACUCAGCAGACGUGUCGUCAUACAACUGUCUUUUGUCACGCUCACUCCAGAGUCGAUGUCUAAGGAACCGGAAGUUGUAGAAAACAACGACAUUACCAGAUCUGAAUGACGUCAUUGAUGGGCAGACGAUUGAAUGCUGUUUGUUAACUCCGAAAUUACAUUUUUUUGGAUUUUAUCCACGGAAUUUUCUUGAUUAAGUAUAUCGACCAUGAAUGGGUCGAACCUAAUCUCCACAACCGGACCGUUGGUGCUGGGAACCGCGGAUGUGACGUCAUCGGCAGACGUGAGCUGCCGCUACAGGAAUGGGUACUUGACUCCUCAGAGGUACAACCUCAUCUCAUGUGCUCAAUGCUACAUCUACAUCUACAGCACCCUUUCAGCCAGCUUCAACCUCACGUCCUUCGAGCUGGAGACUGGUCCAAAAUCUGCCUACCUCCUGGGGACAACGAUGGUGCCAGAGCUCAACAAUACCGCCCAGGUGUGUGGCUCCCUGCACGAGCCUAGCACGUGCGAGCACUGGGUCACGUGCUGCAGCAAGGCCAUCGACUGCUGCCAGGAGCAGCUCAAAGCUGGGCCAAGGCCAUCACAGGUGUCAGGUCAGCCCGUCUGUCCACGGACCUGGGACGGUUUUUCCUGCUGGACAGACACACCGGCCGGUCAGCAACUGACCAUCACGUGUCCUUCCUAUGUGCCGGGUGUCUUUGAUGGCGAACAAGCCUAUAAAACAUGUUUGCCCAACGGGACGUGGUACAGACUGCCGGGAACGGUCCACGAAUGGACGGACUACUCACAGUGUACCAACUUUGAGCGCUUUCAGGACUUCCUCGUCGCCUCAGUGGCCGGUAACGUCAUCACCUUGACCUUGCUACUGCCAGCCUGCUUCAUCUUUCUCUACUUCAAACAGCUCCGACAGCAGCAUCGUAUCCGUCUGCACGUCUGCCUGAUGGUGUCGUCAGGUCUGUCGUCUGCCUUCACGCUCUUGUGGGAGCUCGUGGUCUUCCAGGACAGGAUAGUCAACCACAACGAGAGCUCUAUCAUGAAGGGAAACUCGGUUGGCUGCCGUCUGCUGUACGUCCUGUACAGGUACACUCUUCUCAUGCCAUUUGCCUGGAUGUUUAUUGAAGGAUUCCAUCUUCAUCGUCUGCUGGUGAGGGCAUUUUCUGUGCCCAAAUCUUUGGCGCCGUACUACGUUACUGGAUUUGGUCUGACGUGGCUCCCUAUUUUGGUGUAUGCAAUCAUUAAAGGAACACAUGAGCAAUACAAUCACACUUGCUGGGUCUACAUGGCCGGACCAUAUGAGUGGAUAAUCUACACACCCAUUGCAGUGUUUCUGCUGGCGAAUCUAAUUUUUAUGAUACGCAUUGUUUACAUCAUGGUCAACCAAUUGGAACCACAUCCUAAUGAGCCGGGGAUGUUCAGGCGUGCGGUCAAGGCCAUCUGGGUACUGAUGCCGUUGUUUGGUGUCCAGUAUAUCCUGCUCGUCUACAAGCCAGAUGGCUCGACACACGACGAGGGGCACGCGCUUGAGUUGGUUUAUAAAGUGGUCAACAGUCUACAGGGCGCGUUCAUUGCCAUCGUCUGCUGUUAUCUCAACAGAGAGGUCCAAGGGUACCUCUCAACGUUCUGCAGCAGAUGCAUAGGCCGCACGGGACUUCGGCGAGAUUUCACAACACGAUCCAUCACCAUGACUACCCAGUACGCUUCUGACGUCACGCGGAAAAAAUCGACCAAUGGCGAGGGGGAUACGAGUCAGAUGAUCCCGCUUCAGCCAGUCAACAACCACGAGAGCACUAAGGGAGGUAAAGCUAACGGAGAUUAUCCUCUGAUGGCAGGACACAUCGAGGAUGAUGAGCUCAACUCGUACAAGCACGUGUCGUGAGUGUAGGACCUGGGGUACUCACCCGUCGUGAGUCUAGGACGUAGGUACCCAACUCAUCAUUGGUCUAGGACCUAGGUACCCACCCGUAGUGAGUAUAGGACCUAGGGUACCCACCCAUCGUGAGUCUAGGACCUAGAUACUUACCCGUCGUGGGUCUAGGAUUGGGUACCCACCCGUCUUGGUCUAGGACCUAGAUACCCACCCAUCAUGGGUCUAAGACCUAGGGUACCAAACUGUCAUGGGUCUUAGGGUACCAGCCCAUUAUGGGUCUUAAGGUACCAGCCCAUUAUGGGUCUAAGACAGGGUACCAACCCAUCAUGGGUCUAAGACUUACUAUCCAUAAUGGGUCUAAGAUCCAAAGACGUAUACCAAAUUAUCUACAGUAUAAGACUAGCAAUUGUGAAUAUCAAAUCAUUAUUGGAGAACAUUUAAUCUAGUCCAGGAUUUGAGAUUUUGUAUUUAAUUAAAAAAGGGCAAAAAGCGUUGAGCCAAGCGGUACUGAAAUCAAUUUAUCAGUUACAACUUGACAGUGAUCAUUUUUCUUCUUAAGCCAAAUAAUCUGAUGCGUUCUCUAUAUUUGGCAAUCAUAAUUUUUUAAAGUGUAAUGUUAUAUUGUAAUAAUGUCUAAUGUCCUCUACUUUGUACAUCAAUUGCUUUUUUAACUGUGUAUAUUGUAAUAUGUUAAAAGAAAUUAUAUACGUUUUGUUAAUGAUUGUCUAUACCGGAUGGACCUUUGGAAUAUAAUUGUAACUAUUUUUUGUACAGAUAAAUAUAAUUAUGUAUAAAUAAAUAAAUAAGUAAAUACAUACGAAACCUGAAACUGAAGUCUGCCCAUAGCACGCAUUAGGCCACCUCGCCUGCCCUAAGUUCGAACAGCUUAAGUUUUAUAAAUAUAAAUAUUCUAACCUUAAUUUAUUUUUGUAUUUAUUUUAAUUUAUUUAUAAAUAUAUUCACAUUGUCAGUCGUGGGUACUGUGGUUUGUUUUCACAUUAUAUUUUUAAUAACGGUAUUCAACUGUCCAGUUGAUGUAAUGGUGACCCACUUAAAGGACAGAAUAAAGAAAUGACCUAAUUAGUGCAUCAAUCAGUGGGUCAUGUGGAACAGUCAAUGUUUUAUUUGAAUAAUCCAACCUGAUUGUUUAUUUAAUGCCUAGAUGGCAAUAUGAUGCUAAGUCUCUAGAAACAAUAAGCUAUGGCAUGAUGUUAUGUGUUAUGUGCACCUUGAUGUUU